GGUUAGGUUGGUUACAUUUACAGGGUACUACUGAUUUAGGAACUGCUGUCAUCAAAGAGAGUGUAUGCGGUAGCCAUAAGAUGACGGGUUAUUGUCGCUGAGCUGUUAUGAGUAUCUAGUUGAUAUAUCCAAGAUCUCUGGGUAAAUAUUCCUCCCAAAUCUGGGUAACAGGGGUGUGGCUGUGGAUUGUUAGUGAGGUCAACGGAACAUAGGAACAUUGUCUGGUUGAUAGAAAUUACGAACUUACAUCAAUAUCAGGCAUGCAAAUGUGGAUUUACCAAAUCACUGACUUUUUAAAACUGGACUUGCAUUGAGGAAUCAACGAUGGAAUUUUCUUAUCGUGUGAUUUAUGUUUUAGUGAGCUUAUUUAACAGUUAUAAGUAGUACAAAACUGUUAAUUUGGAAAGAGUUUGAAUCUUUAUACAAAAUGGCGAAAUUUUGUAUACACAAAAUAUUUGAACCAGUGAUGGAAAAUACUACCGAAGGAAAACAUGUCCGACCCUGAGGUUUAAUGAAUAACAGUGUUUCUUAAUGACAUUUAUAAUGAACACAAAACCUUUAGGAUUAGCUACGCUGAUCUGCAGAUUUUAAACGACAAUUAAUUUGAAAAAUGAGUUUGAUUCAAGAAAUAGGGCAUCUUUAUCAUGACUUCAAUAUUUCAAACGCUUACACUACUCUUGAUGCACGUGAACAGUUACGAACGCGUCAGAUCAAUGCACGUGAGGAUAAGCAGCUCGGAAAGUUUACAGAGGUCAUAGACAAAGCCAAGGAUAUAUGCAAACGGAGACGAGAAUGGGAGGAAGAUACUUUGCGGAGGCAGUUAAAAGUUUUACAGAUGAAAACCCCUUCGCUAGAUCGCGGUUUAAGACAAGAGACUGAGCGACUCAGACGUUACGAAACGUCGAUGAUGUCACGAAACAGCUCAUCCGGGUUACGAAUGCAAUCACGGGUGACAAAUUUCUCGGAGAAGGCAACGUUGUAUAACCAACAGUGGCCAUCCCAUACUAUGACACCAUUGCCACCAUCUUCUAGGUGUGGUCGCGGAGGAGAAUCUCGUAGGACGUUCACGAGUAGUAGGGAGUCUAACAACUCCGGAAGUACCUCACGCCCUGAUUAUAAUACAGAAAACCAGGUCAACUUCAUGAAAAGAGCAGAAAAUGUAACAAAGGAACUCCACAAACUCUAUAGGCGACAAAAAGAGCGGAGGUCUUCAAAUCAACAUUUGUUAAACCUCAUCAGAAUUAAUAACAAGGAACUUCUCAUGAAAGCUAGAAUAUUCUUCAAAGACGAAGAGGCUACUGCUGUUUUGGAAUCAAUUCUUUCUGGUGAUAGUUCUAAACAUGUUGAACAAAACGGUGUUAAAUUCCAUAGGGAUGCCACGUCAUCAUCUUAUAGUGAAAAUGAAAAUAACGAUAUGAUAACAUCAGUGAACACAUACCAUGACCCUACAACAGCCAUACGAAGGGAUUCAACAAGGGACCCUAGCGUGAUGCCAUUGCGAGAGGAUGUCUCUGACACUGAAUCGGGACCCGUAUCCUCCACUGUUGCUAACGCUUCUGAUCCUGAUUCCAUGGUCAUACGGGGUCGGACUAAAUGGACAGAAAUAUUCAAAACACCAGAACUCUGGAAAAUGUAUACAGCCGAUAGCAAUGCAAGAAAAAACAAGAAAGAUCCCGUUUCGUCACUUGUCACUAUCACAGCUAGAUACAGAAGGACUAUGGUCAGAUGAAUGUUUGAUUGAUAGAUUGCUUGCCUAAAAUUUGAGAAAUUCAUGUCUGAUUUCAUGACAAUCGCCCGGAUGUUAACGAGGAUCACAUGAACGUUUGAAUUUAACAUGUACAUGGUUCGGCAAAUGUUUGAAUUAUUGGUGGUCAGGUGAAUGUUUUAAUUUCUGGUUGUCAUGCCAACGUUUGGGAUACAUUAGCAGUCAGGAGAAAUUUUGAGUAAGUGCAGGUUAUAUACAUGUUUGAGUUAUUGAUUGUUAACUGAAAGACAUCAAAAUAAUGUAUUAUUGAUGGUCAGGUGAGUGUUCAAGUUACUAAUGGUUGGCUUAAGUGUUGAUGAUCACGUGAAGACUUUAUUAAAAGAAGACAUCUAAAUAAUUGAGUUAUUGAUAAACAAGCGAAUGUGUAUACGGAAAUUUGCUUGCGUACUUAACCUAAUAAUAGUGAGAUGAAUUUGUAUAUUCUGAACACAUUUAGUAUUGUAUUGAUGGUCAUCGAAAGGUUUUGGGUGUCUUGCUUGCCAAUGGAAUGACUGACUAUAGCUAACAAUGACAGGGAAAACGUUGAUGUAUCUAUAAACAGGAGAAUUAUUUUAAUCUACGUGAUAGAAGCUAGGUAUAUGCGUGAGCAACUGGUCUAAGGGUAACUUUGGCUACGUAAAAAGUGACAUACAUUUAAAAACUAACGCUGUUUUUGACAAAGGUGGGACAUAGGAAAUUAGUAAUGGUUGCUUUUCAUAUGUUUUUUCCCCAAAAAAAUACUCACUCUUAAAUAUAACAUUGCGGAUGUAACCGCUUCAAAACGGACAUAUUCUCCUUAGUCACGAAUCAACUUACAGGUAAAUGAUGUGCAUAUAGCUUGCCAAUGGAUACGUGAUCGACUUCAGAUUGGAUGUUUCACUUUCUGUUUGUUUUGUGGAUGUUUCAGUAUGUAGAGAAAUUAUAGGUUAGUAAGUUUGUUCAUUAUGCUUAACUUACACUUCCCAUUUCAUAACAUAGAACAUGACCCGUUUUACUUAAGGAGAUAUGAUUGAUAUACACGUAUUAUCACUUUUUGUCAUAAGAACAGUAGACAGUGAACGAAUAGUGAAUAGGACACUAGUUUCGUUUGCAUUGAGAAAGAGCAGUCACAUGGUCAGAGAUGCAAUAUUAGUACAAAAUCUAGUAAAAAAGUCAGCUUAAACCAAACUUUUGUCAGUCAUGUCACCGCGUAAACGUUUUGAAACCCGGUAUUAAUAGAUAUUGAUAAAUUCUAUUUUUUUCUGUUUAAUCUUAUUGAUGUUUAUUCUGGUGAAAUACAACAUUUUUUUCAAUCAGUAUUAUAACUCAUGUCCCAAAUAUCUAUUAAAGUAUUUUCAAAUCAACUAAGUUUAAAAAUUAACAUAUCUCAUGGGAAA